AUGUCCCCUCAUUUGGAUGAGUUCUACGAGGGGCCCAUUCCCAUCAAGGAGGUGACCUUUUCUCACCUCAAUGACAACAUCAAGGAGCCUUUCCUGGCCGAGAUGUGCGCCAAGUUUGGAGUGGUGGAGGAGAUCUUCACCAGCACCAGGGGGGCUAAGGACACUGUGAAACACCUGCACAACACGCUCAGCUGGAAAUCAAAGGUAGGACAUGUCGGAGUCCGGAGUAUAUACAGUGCUUUCGGAAAGUAUUCAGACUCCUUGACUUUUUCGACAUUUUGUUACGUUACAGCCUUAUUCAAAUUUUUUAUUUUUUUAUUCUCAUUAAUCUACUAACAAUACCCCAUAAUGACAAAGUGAAAACAGGUUUUUAGAAUGUUUUGGAAAUGUAUUCAAAAUGAAAAAUCUGAAAUACCUCCCAGACUUGGAGCUCCGGUACCGCUUGCCUUGCGAACAGACUGUGACUUGGGUGGCUGGAGUCUUUGACCAAAAACAAUUUAUGCAGUGUUUGUGUGUGUACAGGUGAGUGAGUGAGUGAGUGAGUGAGUGAGUGAGUGAGUGAGUGAGUGAGUGAGUGAGUGAGUGAGUGAGUGAGUGAGUGAGUGAGUGAGAGAGAGAGAGAGAGAGAGAGAGAGAGAGAGAGAGAGAGAGAGAGAGAGCGCAAAGGAUGUUUAUUUUACAUCUGAUUCAUUAAACUACCCAUAAUUGUGUUGAGGGAAUAGGUGUGUAGAUGUAUGUGUGUGUCACAGGAGAGGGUAAUUCGAUAACAGUGUAAUUUGAUACUCAGACAAAUUACAACUACAAAGGCAUUAUACAUUCUAAAGACCUUCAAGUUGCCAUAGGUGGAUGAGAGGUGAAAAGGUUAAUUAAAGGAUGGGUGUACUGUUAAGUGAGUGGAUCACCUUUCUGCCUCUAGUUACCCCUGACUGGUAAGUCAACAACUGAAAUGUAAGGGUGCAUAUAAAAUGGUGAAUGGGUCUUCGUUGGGCCUUCAUACCCCAUAAACGACAAGACACCAGAAAUACGCUAAUUGAAAGAUAAUAGCGAGGAAGGAUCAUUCUCAAGCCAUUAAAAGCAAACACUUAGAGAAAAUGUUGGACUCUAUCAAUGAUGAAGUGUUGAAUUGGGGUUGGCAGUGUUCCGCACCUGGAGUCAAACACAAUGCAGUCCCUGAUGCAAUGUGAUUCUGCAGCAAUGCUUCACCACUUACCUCUCCAACCAACAUUCAUCCUAGAGAAAAGGAGAGGUAGUCUACAGCAUCAGAUAGAGCAAAAACACAUACCGACAACACUUUGUUUUUGAUAAGUUUGAAAUGUGGGUACUUAUGUAGCCUAUAUUUCCCACCUGCUUCCCAAUGCAUAUAGGGCUAUAUUUUUUCUUUUUUUUCUACCACAUAGGCAAAGGCUACACCUGGCUAG